AUUUAUUUUUGGAGAGUGAAUUCCCGGAUCUAGCUUUGCACUGUACUGGGCUGCAACCGCCUGAACCCCAGGCCUGCCUCACGUGGUUUUUUAGGGAAUUUGUUUGGUCAUCAAAUGGUUACUAUAAAUGUAAUCAUAGGUCAGAUGGAGUGGAUGCGUUUGUACACCAGGUUCUUCCAUUGGAAGCCACAGACCUUUACUGGAGAAAAGGAAGUGCUCGCCUUUGUUAGUCCUGAGCUGGAAAAUCCCUGGUGAUGUAGGUGUGCUUGGAGAAAUACUCGCCUUCGUUUCCCGGCAUCUCAGCAGCCGUCCUGGUAGCCUGUGGCCUGUUGCCACCGGACCGCACUCCACAGCGUCUGUCGGAGAGAUUGGGCUUCCGACUGCUCGCUAGAUAAGUGGUCCAGACCCAAGUGCAGGAGGCGCCAGGAUGCUCUCUGAUGCUAUCCUGUGGUCCACAGUGACACCGCAGCCUGCACACUGUCCCCCAAGAGCCAGCUAGCCGUUUGCCUGGGUGCUGCAUGGACUCUGGCCACAGCUCGCAGUCUCCCGAGGAGGACCCAUCCACCAUGCCUGAAGUCAAAGACCUUUCGGAAGCCUUGCCAGAGACGUCGAUGGACCCCAUCACGGGCGUGGGGGUGGUGGCCUCUCGGAACCGAGCCCCGACAGGCUAUGACGUAGUUGCACAGACGGCAGAUGGUGUGGAUGCUGACCUCUGGAAAGACGGCUUAUUUAAAUCCAAGGUUACCAGAUACCUGUGUUUUACAAGAUCCUUUUCCAAAGAAAAUAGUCAUUUAGGGAACGUGUUAGUGGACAUGAAGCUCAUUGACAUCAAGGACACUCUGCCUGUCGGCUUCAUCCCGAUUCAGGAGACGGUGGACACACAGGAAGCCGCUUUCAGAAAGAAGAGGCUGUGCAUUAAGUUUAUCCCUCGGGACUCCACGGAAGCCGCCGUCUGCGACAUCCGGGUCACGGGCCGGGCCAAGCAGGCCCCUCCCCAGUACACGUUCAUCGGGGAACUCAACAGCAUGGGGAUCUGGUACCGCAUGGGCAGAGUGCCAAGGAAUCACGACUCCUCUCAACCCACGACGCCUUCCCAGUCAUCAGCCGCCUCCACCCCAGCCCCCAACCUUCCCAGGCACAUCUCGCUCACUCUCCCCGCCACCUUCCGGGGCAGGAACAGCACUCGGGCGGACUACGAGUACCAGCACUCCAACCUGUAUGCCAUAUCAGCAAUGGAUGGUGUGCCUUUUAUGAUCUCAGAGAAGUUUUCUUGUGUUCCAGAAAGUAUGCAGCCCUUUGACCUGCUGGGAAUCACCAUCAAGUCUCUGGCAGAAAUUGAGAAAGAGUACGAGUACAGCUUCCGCACGGAGCAGAGCGCCGCCGCCCGGCUCCCGCCCAGCCCCACGCGCUGCCAGCAGGCGCCCCAGUCCUGAGGGCCCGCCACCGCCUGCGGGGAGAAGAUGCGUUGGCCCGACUACUGAGCGCCCCACCUCUGCUCCCUCCUGCCCGCCCUUCACGCUGCCCCCUCGGGGGCUCGUCUGGAAGACUGUGGGCAGCUGAGCGCCUCUGUCUCUGGGUCAUCAGCUGGCCUGAAGCGACACCCUAUCUUCCCCGGGCUGUGGGUCAUGACCUCGACUAACCCAUGCGCUGGUAGUGACCAGCAGCUCCUAACAUGUGUGCGUGAUGAGCGGCCAUCCUCCGAACAACCUGCCUGCACAGGAGUCACCCGAGGGCCUGGACAGGUGCCCGGGGUGCCCAGUGACACCACCAGCUCCCUUCACUCCCGUCACCUGCCACUAAGCCAUUGCCGUCCUCCUGGAAGCCCUGAGCCAGGGGCAGCUUUGCACAGACCCUCCAGGGAGCCCUCACCACCUGGACCCCGGCUGCCGUGGAGCAGGCCCCUCGUGCCCACAGCCUCGAGUGCUCGCAGCGUCCACGGCAGCCCCAGGAAUGAGCACAGGAGGGGGAGGAGGCCAGUGGCCCGGGUGGACCCACACCCAUCCCCUGCCCCACUGUGGACGUGCUGUGCUCAGACUUGCGACGGGACUCACACACUGGACGUCCUGGGGCCAGGGGGCGGCAGGCCCCAGCUGCCGGCACCGACAGGACUUGCUCUCCGGGCAGGAAGCCCGAGUACCCGGCGCUCGCUGCUCAGUUCACUGGGCUCACCCACUUCACACCCACUUCCCCCAAAGGGCUCGUCUUUGCAGCACCCACGUGCCAUCAGCAGUGCCAACGGCUCUGCCCGGUGCUGUGAGCCAGCGCCCGGCCCAGGAGGACCGGGGCGCGUGCUCACCUGGCUUCUCAGAGCCAGGCCACGUCCUGACAGUGUGUGCUCCUCACGAUGGUGGUUUUGACAAGCCUGUCCAAUCCAGGUCACCAGCCGCGGCCAGCACCAACAUUUCUGCCACUCACAGCCGGUAGACACAGUGCCAGCUGCCAAGUUCAACUCCACACACAUUUGCCAUGACAACAGGGGUUGCUGCUGUGUGUGGGGGCUCGGGCCCUUCCCUGGUGGCCUGCCUCGUCUGGCUGUUGGUGUCUCCCAUCUCGGGGCGGGGGGAGGUCACCAGAUGGUCGGAGCUAUGCACAGGUUUGGUGUGAGGGGGCGGGGUGGAGAGCAGUGAGGUCCCCCCACCAGGAAGGUAGCACAGGAGAGCCCCAGCCAGGGACAGGCCCCUCCCACCUGCGGUGCCACCCCGGGAUGGCACGUGGUUAGCUGGGUUGCUGGGUCACAGUGGGAACAGCCAACAGUCUGGGGAGUGGCCACCAGCUAAGUGGCAGGGCAGAGCAAAAAUACCUCAUGUACCUGUCAGCCCCGCCCCCUCCAAGCCCCUCAACUCUUGACCCUGGUCACCCCCUUGGUGUUCAUGUUGACACCUCCUGAUUACUGCGCAUUAACCUAAGGGCGUCCCUGGUGAGACCGGCCUCCCCAUGCCUCCCACGCAGCAAGGCGGCAGGAAAACAGUUCGUGGAACUGGCCAGGGCCCGGGAGAUUUGGGGAUGGGGAACAGCAGCCCGCUGAGGACCUUUGGGACUGGUGCUUAACCAGGAGAGGGCCAGCUGGUCUCAGCUGCACCCGCUGAAAUAAGCUAGUUGUUUCUGGGGACCCGAGGGAGCCCCUGGAGGCCCAGAACACACGUGUCUGCUGCUCCUUUUUGGAUGCUUGGCUGGUUCAAAACCAGGCGACCUGUGUGACUCAAAGGCCAACAGCCAGAGAUACCGCCCAGCGGGGGCAGGGCCGUGAUCCUCCGUCCAGCUCACCGGAUCAUGCACUGUGUCCAUCCCUCGAUGGUUGCUCACACCUGCUUGUGAGAUUCUCUCUGGUAACUCGGGCAGCCCUCCCCCCUCGACUGACAGCCAGGCCCUUUGGCGGCUCUGCUGGGCCAGAGAAGCUUCGCAUACGACAGUGUGGGGCCCAGCGGUGAGAGGAGGAGGUUGUCCACCAGGGGGAGUCAGGUGAGCCAGGAGACCGCCACAGCCUCACAGACCUAGUCUAGGUAACAACAGUGUUGGCUGUGAAGGUCGCCGUGGCCUGAGCCAGGCCAGAGGCGCGGUGUGGGCAGGUUGGCUGUGUGCCGGCUGUUAGGCUGCUGCUAACCCCGUCUCUCUGCCGUGGGAGCAGUAGGGGAGGUCGAGCAAGUGCGUGGGCAGCAGUAGGCUGGGGUGCGGGGCUCGGGCUCACACCCACAGACCGCACGACCUGUUUCUCUCUGGGAGAGCACUUUGCAAACCGUCUGGCCAGGUGGGGAGGGAAGGAAGGGUUUUGUGGAAAAGGGAAGGGCAGCGGCCUUGCCCUCAGCCCCCCA